GGGAUGUCGUCUUGCAACAACCCAAUAUAGCACAUGCAAGCUCAAAAGUAUCGCAACAAAGUUACCAACUGUUGCAACAAUUAUGUUGUCAGCAACUGUGGCAGACCCCCGAGCAGUCACGGUGCCAAGCCAUCCACAAUGUCAUUCAUGCUAUUAUUUUGCAUCAACAACAACAACAACAACAACAACAACAACAACAACAACAACAACAACCGUCGAGCCAGGUCUCCUACCAGCAGCCUCAGCAACAAUAUCCAUCAGGCCAGGGCUUCUUCCAGCCAUCUCAGCAAAACCCACAGGCCCAGGGCUUUGUCCAACCUCAGCAACUGCCGCAGUUCGAGGAAAUAAGGAACCUAGCGCUGCAGACGCUACCAGCAAUGUGCAAUGUCUACAUCCCUCCAUAUUGCUCGACCACCAUUGCGCCAUUUGGCAUCAUGAGUACUAACUGAGAAGAGAAGAACUCUAUUACUAGAUAUAUGAAACACCGUUUUCUUAAAACAUGGUUUGGUCGUUGUAGCGGUGAAAAAUAAAGUGACAUGCACUAUCAUGUAAGAACCCGAACUAGACUAUUUCAAACUUGGAAAUAAAAGACAAACACAUGUCUUGUCUGCA